CCAGGAACGGCCCGUAGUACAACUUGGCACUUUUAACCUUCUAUUACACUUUACUACUGCACAACAUAUCUACGCCUCAAAAACAGCAUAUCUCACAAUGGCUCCUUCUACUACUACUCCCGAUCUCGUCCCCGAGCCUGUCUCUAAGCUUCCCGAGCGACCCAAGGAGGAUGGCUCCGCCCUCAACGAGCACGAGCGGUCUGAGCUCGCUUUCGUCGACAAGUACAGCGCCCCCGACGUCUACAUCAACGAGAAGAACGAUACUCUCUGGUUUCCCUGGAUUGGACCCAUUGAGCUGAAGCCCCUGCGCAUGGAGAACAGGACGGGUACUUUCGUCGUCGGUCUUCGAUCAAAGGUCGCUGCCAGCCUGGGCAAGCACCGACACCGUGGUACCGUUACAGCCAUUACCAUGUCAGGAGAAUGGGGCUACAAGGAAUACGACUGGGUUGCCCGACCUGGAGAUUGGGUUUGCGAGAACCCCGGCGUUAUCCACACUUUGUCCGUCGAGGAUAACACUGAUAUCGUGUUUACCAUCUCUGGUAGCAUUGAGUUCCUCAACGAUGAUGAUAGCUUGAAGUUUACUCUUGAUAUCUUCAGCUUCGCCAAGUUGUAUUAUGAUCACUGCAAGGAGAAGGGCAUCAAGCCCAAUGAUGCUCUCUGGCAUUAAAUGGAAAUGAAUAACGGCUGGGAUGGUUACGGCAUAUAGCUUUGCAUGAUUUUCGCAUGAUAGUCUCUAUUAAUAACAAAAGAGAUAUGAACAAUGAAUACUAUUGAUGAUAA